ACCGAACCUGAAUCAAUAUGGGUUCAAAAAUUUUGUUUAAAGAACCAAAACUGAACCCGAUCCGACUGAAGUAUUUCGGGUACCUAAAUGUAUCCGAAACAGAUUUAUAUAUAUAAAUCUAUUAAUUAUUUUAGAUUUAAUAUAUAAAAGUAUCUAAAAUAUGUAAGAUAUUUUGAAAUUCUCCAAAAGUAAUUGUCUAAAAUAGAUUAAAAAAAUACUCAAGAAACAAAAAAACUUGAAAUAUUUGUUGAUUCUAUAUCUAAGAGCAGGUCCAUUGGGGGGUUGUAGUGAUGGGUUCUAACGAAAAAAGGGGAAAAAAUAAAUGAAAAAUGAAAUAAAGAGACAGAACCGGUUCUAUAUAUGGAGGUUGAAGAAUCAGUAAAAACCCAUACGUGGCAGAUGCAUAUUGACUUGAGAAAAGGUCGCUUCCAUGCCUUUGAGAGGGCUCAUACAAUGGAUCCAACAUCAAGUGGACGAGGAGACAGUAACCAUGUGAUAGAAAAAGACAAUAUGUUCCAUGUAAAAAGUUGUUGUGUUUUGUAUCUAGUGAAGUAACAACUUGUGUGAUAUGUUUCACGUUUGUUUUUGAAGUUGUACCGAACCAAAUACAACUUGUUUACAACAUGUAAAAAGUUGUUGUGUUUAUAAGACUUCUUUCUUCUCACAUUUUGAUUCAAACCAUUUGUUCCCGUAUCUCACAUUUUGCUUCUUUCUUUAAGACUUUGUUUUCUCACAUUUCUUCACAUUGUUUUCUCUACUUGUUAUUAUCUCUCUACUUGUUUCUUAUCUUUAUUGUUUCUUCACUUAUCUCUUUAAGAAACAAUUUGUUCUUCACAUUUCUUCACUUAUCUUUUUAAAAUGGCAUUUUCUUCUUCUAAUAAUUUCGACGAUAUUGGAACACCCGAUUUCGACUAAUUGGUUUUUUCUCGUUUACGAUUAGUAUUUGUAUUUCUUUUUUUAAUAUGUUGUUAUGUCAUUUCUAUAAAAAAAUAUGUUUCUUUUACUUUUAAAUCAUUAUACUUCAAAAAAAAAUUAAUUAAUUAAGAACCCCUAUGGGGUUCUCCCAUUGGAGGAAGAAAAAAAUAAUUCCUCUAACCAAGGUUCUUAAGGAGACAAAUCACUUUUUUACUAUUAAUUAAAUCAAAAGAACCCCUUAGGAGUUCUCAUGGAUGGAGAUGGUCUAAAUAUUCAAGCCAAAUCAAUUUCUAUGUUAAAUUUAGGUAUUUUGGCAUACAUUAUUCAAAUCUAUAUGUGAUAAAUUAUUUUUAUUUUUAUUUUUAGGUUUUGAGAAAUUUAAAGUAUAUAUGAAUUUUAAAUAUUUUAAAUAAUGUAAAUAGGUUAUUAUAUAUGAAAAUCAAAACCGAACCCGCAAAGAUCUGAACCGGAAUGGAACCAAAAUUUAUAAUCUUUAAGCUUAGAAAUUCGAAACCUUUAAGUUACAAAUAAAAAAAAUCUGAAACUUCAAUAGACCCGAACAGAAUCCAAAUGUGUACAUGAACGUCUCACCCUACUUUUGGUUGCUAAAAAAAAAGCACUCCUUUGCUUUUUAUUGAUUGAGGUUAUCUGAGCCGAAGUUCGAUUAAUUUCCUUAGAACACAGUACUGAAGAUUAAUCUGUUUUUAUUGUUCUAGACAGCAGCAAGGCAUUGUUUUGUUUAACUGUUAUAUCUGUAAAUAUCAUUGUCAGGAACAUAUCUCCUAUUCGCUUGCUUAUAUAUGUAGGCAUGCUGCAUGCAUAUAAUAUGGGAUAAGAUUAGAUACAAAAGAAUACUCCUAUGUAUGUAUAUAUUCAAAUGUGCGAUGAGUAGGAGAUUACAUAAACAGCCUUUUUCAACUGAGAGAUAGAGGACACAUAAUGGAAUUUGAUUGGUAGGAGAUUACUAUGACCAAUAACAGUCCUCCUCAAAUAAGGUGAACCAGCAUAUUUUGUUUAUAUAUAUAGGACCCACUCAUUAAUAUAAUAUACAAAUCUCAGAUCUUUUUAAAAAAUAUAGAAAAAUGGGACAUCAAUACGAUUAAAUUUAUCAUACGGACCUAUGUGUAUGCAUCGAUGUGGGUAGAUGACAUUGUUCUAUUCAACCAAUGUGUGUGCUCUGAGUUUACAAUGGCCUGUCAAAAUUUAAAAACUAUUGUGUUGGACUAUGUGUUACCAUAUAAAAAGAUUACUAAACUCUGAAUAUGUUUUAUAAUCAAAUUUGUUGUCAUGAUUAUUUUCUUUACAAAAGCAUUUGCAAUUUAAAUAACGAAGACGUUACAUACAUCUAUGACUCAAAGUCAUACAGUUUAAGAGAAUUAUAAGGGAGAAACUAAGCAUACAUUUAGUUGAAACAUAUGAGAGUUGGAAACAAGUUCCAAAAUUAAAACUAUAAUUAGUAGACCAUGUUUUAGCUAGAUAAAAAUUUAAUAAUAAAUCUCUCGUUCACAACAAAACACAGGCUCUUGUACAUACCUACACCUUCAGACAUCAUACAAAGAGUUGAUUUGAAUUUUUUUUUUUGCCGACUCACCAUUUUUAAAAAUCGAGAUUGGCUGAUAGUAUUAAGAUUGGCUGAUACAACUUAUUUGUGUGUACAAGUGCGUGUAUGUGUAGCGUUAAUCAUCGUACGAUAUCGAUAUGCAUGACUGGUUAACAUGAUUUUAUAAAUACUAAAUUAAAUAUAAACUCCACGAUAAUUAACAGAUUGUAAUUGUAGGAACUUUCAAAAGAAUGAAACCUGGGACUUGUUGUUCUGAAUCAUGCAUGAUGUGCAAAAAAUAAAAUAGUUGUUCUGAAUCGUUAUCAAAAGUAUAGAUAAUAUUUAACUUGUUACUCUCUUAUCUCAACUAUAUUAAAAUAAAGAAGGAAAAGAGACAUAAAUAUGGUGCAAAAGAUGGCAGAGAACAGAAAGAUACACAGAGACUAUCCAAUGAUUUAAAUGUAUAUAUGCGCUAACCCUAGAACCACGUGGCGAAUUACCAUUCCUCCUCCUUUACCAUUUCGGCUCAACGGAGAGAGACACAGAAACACUAUAGAGAGAGAGAGAGAGAGAAAGGAAGAGGUAGAGUGUUUGAGAAGAGGGAGAGAAAGAUAAUUAUGAAUCAAGAUGAGUGGGUGGGAACGCUAAGAUACGCCGGUAAGGCGCAGGAUAAGGUUUCCGUUGACACUCUCAUGCUCCGUUACCGUCCGAUCGCUCCAAAACCGACGACUGGUCAGCCAUGCGAUGCAGGAGACAACAACAAGAACAACUCAUACGGUAUGAACAAACGAACCAAACGGAAGUACGUUAGGGUUUCAAAGAAUAACAACACCACGUGUCGAGGAAAGAACAGAUCUGACUUGUCUGAUGAUGGGGAACAAACUGGAGUCGUGACACUUCAACUCAUGCCGGAAAAAUCUGAUCUUACAAGCGACUACACACCGUUAGAUCCGAUGGUGAAAACGAUAACCGGAGAGGAAACACGAGAAACCAACACGUGGACCAUGUUUAACGGAGGCGGCACGGCGGAGGUGGAGACGUGGGUGACGGUGAAGUCCGUUACCGGCGUAUGUGACGGUAGUUCUAGUUUCCAUGGGGUGAAGUGUACGGACGCUGAGAUGGUGGAUAAACUAAGUAAGGACACGUGUCCAGCGUUCGUAUCGGAUGCCUCGAACCGGGUGGUUUGGGUCAACGAGGCUUACAGGAGAAACAUUUCCGGUGAAGAUCCGUCAUCGUUGUCGUUGCCGGAUGUUACGGUGUGGUUGGUGAUGGAGGAGUCGACGGUGGCGAUGUAUUGUAACUACAGAGCUUUCACGUGUAGGGUGAGGAUGCAGUACACGUGGCAGGAGACAAAGUACACCAAAACGGUGCCGUGCGAUGUGUGGAAAAUGGAGUUUGGUGGCUUUGCAUGGAGGCUAGACACAACAGCUGCUCUAACUCUCUGGCUUUAAUGUUGCUUGCUACUUGAAGCAAGCUUGAAGCAGGAUGGGUAAGAACUAUAACGGUGAGCUAUAUGUGAUCGAAAAGUGUGACUAGUCCCAAGCUUUUUAAUCACUUUAGCAACUUUCUUUAAGCAUAUAUAGAUUAUAGAGAAGCUUGAAGAAAGAACAAGUGAUAUGAUAAUGUUGAGAAGUAUGAAGAAGCUAAGAAUUCUUAAAUAUAUAGAACAUGCAGUAAUAAUGUCAAAUGUUCAUUGGCAAAGACUAAAUAAAAAGAUUCCAUUGUAUGAUUUCCUACUAA